CCCGUAAAGACAUCAAGAGCCGGGGAAUAGGUUUGAGUGCGUGUCUUUCUCCUCGCCACUCCAGCAACAAGAAGGGACGCGAUGGGCUUUGGAAAAGUCUGCAGGGACUUCUGCAGUUACGAGACACCCAAAGUGAUCGUGGUGAAGAACCCUAACCUGGGCAUCAUUUACAGGCUGGUGCAGCUUCUGAUCCUGGUUUAUUUCAUCUGGUACGUGUUUAGCAACCAGAAGGGCUACCAGGCGUGUGAAUCUGGCCCAGAGAGCUCCGUCAUUACCAAAGUCAAAGGGGUCACCUUCUCGCAGCACAAAGUGUGGGAUGUGGAGGAAUACGUGAAGCCCCCAGAGGGAGGCAGCGUCUUCAGCAUCAUCACCCGGGUUGAAGUGACCCCUUCGCAGACCCAAAUGACCUGUCCGGAGAACACGAGGGCUUCCUGCACUUCGGACAACGAAUGUGCCCUGGGUGAGGUGGAGGUGCUGGGGAACGGACUGAAGACGGGGCAUUGCGUCCCCUACAACUUCACCAAGAAGACCUGCCAAGUUAUGGCCUGGUGUCCUGUGGAGAACGGGGCGACAUUCAGUGAGAGUUUGGCAGCAAUGGCGCCAGAGUUCACCGUCCUGAUCAAGAACAGCAUUCAUUUCCCUCGCUUUCAUUUUUCCAAAGAGAACAUCAAGGACAACAGCGAUGGCUACCUGAGGAACUGCACUUUCAACGCAACCACAGAUCUUUACUGUCCCAUCUUCAAGCUGGGCUUUAUUGUGGAGCAGGCAGGCGAGGAUUUCUCCAAACUGGCUCAAAAGGGCGGUGUGAUCGGUGUGAUCAUUAACUGGAAUUGCAACCUUGACCUGCCGGACUCCGAGUGCAACCCCAGAUAUUCCUUCCGCAGGCUGGACCCCAAAUGGACUCAGGCUUCCUCCGGCUACAAUUACCGAUUUGCAAAGUAUUAUCAGCAUGGUGGACGAAGCACACGCACCUUAUUCAAAGCCUAUGGAAUCCGCAUUGAUGUCUUGGUGCACGGGCAGGCUGGGAAGUUCAGCCUUAUCCCAACCAUCAUUAACCUGGCCACAGCCCUCACAUCCAUUGGAGUGGUAUCCUUCCUCUGUGACUGGAUAUUGCUGACAUUCAUGAAUAAGAACAAGGUGUACAGCACCCGAAAGUUUGACCAGGUAUCCAAGAGUCCCGAGGCUUCUGUGAAAACUGAAGUCAGGGCCACCAAUUUCGCCCCCCAAACUUUCUCUUUGGAAGACUCCACCAGACCCCAGCAACCUCUCGGGCCCUAGACUUCUAUCUUCCAUCCAAUCUGCCUGGGUUAUAUUUGCAUCGGAUGAAUCACAGAAUUGGAAGGGACCUUGUAGGUCAUCUAGUCCAACCCCCCCCUCUUCCCAGGAAAAGCUCCCUCCACCAAGCAGGCUGUCAGAGCUGCGAGGGGGGGGCUCCUAUCCUCACCAAAUCCAUUUCUGGAAUCCAUUUGCUCUCCAAUCCCCCCCCCCCGCGAGUUACACGAGAGAAGAGAGAAUUAACUAACCCAGGUUAACUAACUUUAUUAUUAAGCAAGCUUUUGUGAGAGGCACAAUAAUGCCAGGCUGCCGAGCGGCUACCAGAUCCCUUCUGAUUUUGGCCCUAUGCUGGCUAGCAUGCAAAAGAGAUUAUUUUUCACCCUGGACUCUUGUUUACCCUCUAUUGAAAGUGUGGGAAGGACGCAGGGGAUGCCAAGAGAACCCCCAAAGGACUGAAAACAGCAGAUUUUUCACGAGGAAAGAAAAAAGACCUGGGAGUUUCGUCUUCAAGACAGGCUUCCCUGAACCCCACCAUAGCAUCUCCAGUGAAACGCUCCAAGAAUAUUCGGCCUGGGGUCCCCUCAAGCCUUUCUCUGCCUUCACACGUGACAUCUUAAAGAGGAAAGCAGAAAAGCGUCACCACCUGAGACUUCAGGGCACAAGACCUCGCGGAAGCCUCCCAGGCCUGCAGCUUCAAGGGCAGAGAAAAUGGAAAAUUAUUCUAUAUACGAGUUGUAACUGUAUCUGGCGUCAGUUAUAUUUAAAUAGAUAUGUGAAAUCCCAUCCAGUGCAGCUUCACCAGAGUCUGGAGGGGGGGCAGGGUCCUCCUCCUGGAAACCAGCUUCUACCUGCUGGAUGCCAGGAGUCAGAGCAUUGGAAGGGAUCUAAGAGGUCUUCUAGCCCAACCCGCUGAGCAUCCCGCCUCAGUCCUCCUGCUCAGGCGGGACGUUCUAUACCA